UACGGGCACUUUUGGUUACCAACAACAAUGAUGGCGGCCUACAUAUGAAAGAAGUUCAGCGUUCCAUAACUUUAGAAACAAGCUACAGAAACCGUAGAUGGAAAGGCCACUUUUAAUUUUGAAAUAGUUAUAUGUUGUAGAUAGGUUUGGUACCAUUUUGCAUUAAAAUGGACGAACGACAUUGGUGGAUCGCCGGAAAGAUCCAGGAAAGUUUCAAAAUAGGUGGAUAUGACAACCCUACUCUCCUUGAAGAUUUUAUGACCGAACAAAAUAAUCUUAACAAAAUAAACAAAUUUCUGAAAGCAGGGGGGCCAUGUAGAUUGUUUUUCUACUGUGAAAAAUUGCCUGAAGGAGAAUUGGCAACCAGUCAUUUACAUGUGACUGGCACUCUUGCGUCGCUGAAAGAUGCCAACUUGGACCAGUUGAAUGUGUUGUAUUUCUUGAGGAACAGAGUCGACAAAGAUGUUGAUCCCACAAGGAUGGAAAGAGAUAUUUUCUGCGGUGAACUGAAGCAUAAUACCAUGGAAACACUUACAUCAUUAUUAUCAGAAGUUUACAUACCAUUAAUUAAAGCGCAGAAAGAAUGGGGAGAAUGCAACAACGAAAGCCAAAAUAACUUGACUCAUAGUAUGGAUAAAUUUCUUACAGCUUUAAAUGAGUCAACAGCAUCCAUGGCUAGUUCAAAGCAAUUGAUGUUGAAGCAGCCAGAAAAUGUGAUUUUGAAUGACUUUAAGAUGCAAAGACAAGCAGCAUUAGAUACACAACUGAUUGGUCAGUAUGAAGAACUGGUAACUGAUUGGAUGAACACAAUAGAAACUAUUUUAAAUGACACCUCAGAUGAAAGAUUUAUGGACCCAAAUGCUGGACCUCUAUCUGAGUUGGAAAGAUGGCGUAGACGUCAGAGGUUGUUGACCAGUAUUACAGAGCAGCUUAAGAGUAAGGAAUGUAAAGCUGUUAUUGGUGUACUUAUCACUGCCAAAUCUAGACUGCUCAAGAAAUGGAAAGUUGUUGAUGCUUCAAUUACAGAUGCCAUGAAUGAUACCAAAGACAAAGUAAAGUAUUUGGAAUCCCUGAGACGUCAUUUUGAUCAGCUAUACCAUGAUGCUACACCUGCAUCCAUUAUAAACAAUGCUAUCCCAGGGAUCACAAACAGUGUUCGACAGAUGGAUUCCAUUUCCAGGUACUAUGCCAGAACAGGGUUCCUUGGUAUAGUAUUUACAAAAAUAACCAACCAGUUAGUAUUAGCGUGUAAAGAAUAUAUUAGAAAUUUCACCAGUAAUGUAUAUGAUGAAGAUGAACUUUGGGUCAGGAUAGCAGAGGAAAUCAAAAACAGAGAACUUCUAUCAACUGUUGACCCACAACAAAGAUUACUGAGGAGUCAAGUGGAAUCAAAACUAAAGGGAGGUAUACAGCGAAGUAAAACCAAAGAAGGAAAAGAUCUAGGACUACAAGAUGAUAGUUUGUAUGGUCGUCUGAGGGCAUGUCUGUCAUUACAAGGCUUUUAUAGAGACACACUUCGCUCACUAAAAGAUGCUCUAGGACAAUCACAGAACCUGUCACACUUUCCAUCCAUCAGUAGUAUGGGAGGUCUGGGGUCUGUUAAAUCAAAACCAGGUACAAGUGAUAAAUCUCGUGGAAGUAGUUUAAUGGUAUCACCAAAGAAAGGAAUAUCUUCUCUAGAUACCCAAGGUCAUGGUGUGUCUAUAGCUGAUGAUGAUGCUGUAAUGUCACAUAUGGAUUCAUUCUGUACACGCAUAAAACAGCUGAUUGAUGUUAUCAAUACCCUGUCUCAGUACAAUAAGAUGGUGACUUUGACAGCUGGUAUGCCUAGACUGAGGAAAGAUGAUUUUGUAUUUGAAGAUGAAACAGAAAAAGAAGAAUAUAAAUAUAGAAAGCGACAACUAGAAGCCAGAAAAGCAUUAGAGAGAGAAGCUGCAGAACAGGAAGAAGCAAUGAAUGCUGAGAACUCCCUUGAGAGGAGUCUAGGGACCAUAGCUGAGGAUGAAGAUACUCCCAAUUCUGAAGGAGGAUCAAAAACAGAUCUCAGGAAGGAUGAAGGAGUAGUAGCUAAAAAUGAUGAAGUGUUUGAUUCUAAAGAUAAAGAGAACAAUCAAGGACUUAAUGAAGAACAGUUGGCUGUAUUGAGGAAAUAUUACCCAGAGGAUGAGGAGGAUGAUGGACCUGGUGUGUCAGCUGUUAUUUUGGAUCAUCUCGAUCAGAUGACGAGGGCUAUGUCUGAUAAUGUUACCACCAAAACAAUGUUAGAUGUAGAAUCAAAGCAUUUCUAUGGGGACAGUAUAACUAAGUUCUUUAAGAAAAGACGGCAGACUAAUUUUAAUGGUGAUGACCAAGAAGAAAUAGAGGAACAUUCGGAUAGAGAUAGAUUUGAUAUGUACUACAAUAACUUUGCUGAGAUUGUUCAGGAACAAGAAAAAUUACUCUCUGCCUAUCUUAAUGUUAUCUUCAUGAGAAAAAUGAAAACACAACAAGGACUUGAUAUAAUUACAAGAUUUGGACCAGUACAAGGUAGGCCAGGGAUAAGAACCACUAUAGCAGAGAAGUUUGUAGAGAUAUUCAAUUGGUAUGAAACUGAUCUGGAGGAAGUACAGAGAAUUUAUGAAACACACAAGGAAAGUCCACAGAUGGUGAGGAAUGCACCUCCUGCAGCUGGUGCUAUCCACUGGUCCCGUCAACUUCUGAAGAGGAUUGAGGAUCCAAUGAAAGUGUUCCGUGAUAACAGAGCAAUCAAUCAGUUAGGAGACUUCAGUAGAAUAGUCAAAAUAUACAACAGACUUGCCACUGCUUUAGUGACAUUUGAGAGUUUAUGGUUUGCUCAGUGGAAGAACAGAAUUGAACAUGCCAAGGCCGGACUUAGAGCUACAUUGUUUAUAAAUCAUCCAAAUACAGGAGAAAUCCUGGUCAAUACUGAUGAAAGAGUACUUGAGCUGAUCCAUGAGGCUAAAUGGUUAACAAGACUAGGUAUUCAAAUUCCAGACUCUGCUACUGCCAUUAUGCAACAAGAGUCACGCUUCAAAAGUUAUAAGAGUCAUUUAGAACUAGUUUUACAUGAGUAUAAGGAAACAUGCAAGUGUAUUCCAGAAUCUCUCCAGAAUUUAUUUACUCCUCAUACUAAGUUUGUUGAGGAGCAGUUACAACCUGGACUAACAACUCUCGCAUGGAAUAGCAUGAAUAUAGAUGCCUUUUUACAUCAGAUCCAUUCUGCUACAAACCGGUUAAAGGAGAGAAGUACCAAAGUUCAAGACAUAAUGGAGAAUGAUGUGGCUGGAUCACUAGAGGCCAUCAAGAAUUUCUAUUUGUUUGAUUAUGAAGAAGCUAUUACCAGACCAUGGCCACCACAUGAGUUUAGAGAUGUAAUGUUAGACAGAGUACAAGAGAAAGUAGGAGAACUUCAGAAGCUGGUACAGAGAGUUAUGAAUGGUUUACUGGCUGUGGCUAAUCUACUGGCUACUAGAAAGUUGGAACAUCACAACCCAAAGGCAAAGAAACUAGCAUUGAUGGUAGAUGACACUGAAGCCAUGAAAGAAAAACAGAGAGCUGCAGAGGAAGAGAAAUUCAUUUCCAAUCUUAUAUCCUUUUACAAAGAACAAGUAUAUGAAGCUGUUCUGACUGCCACUAAGAGAUCUCUGUCAGCUUUAGUAGAUUCUACAAGUUGUUCAGAAGAAGAACUAAGAACUGCCAGUGUAUUGUCUAAUCCUACAUACUCACCAAACACUAGUCCUCGUCGUACCAGUAGAGCUGCUUCUGCUAUGAGUAGGGUGUCGUCUGCUAUGACAGAAAGACCCAAUACCAGUAUGUCAGCAUUAUCCAAUAUGACUUGGACUACAGAGAAAACAAAUGAUCUCACUUAUCUACAAUUUGAGAUAGAAGUUGGUUUUAAUAUUCCAGUGAUAGCAGUACAACCAACACUAGACACGGCCCAGACAGCCAUUAAUGAUGUGGCUUCAGCUGUUGUAGAAUCUUGUAGAGAGGUUACCUGGGUAGAGAGGGACAGAGUUUAUGACUUCCAUGACAGAAUUACUUCAGAUGCAGAAGUAAAUCAAAUGUUGACACAGCUAACACACAUCGUAGAAGAUGUAGAACCAGUGAUCAACAAACAUAUCUUCCACUUUAGUUACUAUGAUUUUCUCUGGAAAGAUGAUUUACAUGGCAACUUCAAGGAGUUCAUGCAAUCAGAUCCUGGCAUGUUUGCCAUCAAACGAGAGGUUGAGAGAUACCUGUACAUAGAAAAGAAGGUUCUCGCCAUACCUGAAAUCCUACCUGUUGGUCCUAUUUGUCUGAAAACUGACCCCAUUAAAGAUGCUUUACAUGGAUUUGCCAUGCAAUGGAAGAGUCAUUUUGCUUCUGUUUUACAUGAAGAAGCCAAGAAAAAACUAGAUAGUGCUGUAUUGUACAGGUCUAAUGUACGUAAUAGAUUAGAAUUAGAUGUGUUAUCAUUGGACCAAUUAAAUAGUGCCUUACAUUUACUGGAAGAGCUCAGAGAUAUGGAAAACAAAAUAGAUGGAAUUUAUUUGCCUAUAGAAACUAUGUAUGCCAAACUAAGAGAAUUUGAACUGAGAUUACCCCGUAAUGAAGUUGAGGAAGUAGAUCAGUUACGGGACAAGUGGCAAGAAUUAAUGGAAUUGGCAGAGGAAGUCAGACAUAAUCUGUUGAUAGAAAAGAGAGGAACAUUUGAACAAGAACUGGAUAAACAAGUCAAGUCUUUCAAUGUAGAAGUGUUGCGGUUCAGAAAUGAUUUUGAUGGACAAGGUCCAAUGGUUCCAGGAAUACCUCCAUCCGAGGCUGUCUCUCGUCUCGAUUUCUUCCAACAGAGUUAUGUUUUAUUCGAUCUGAAGAGAAAGACUCUGGACUCUGUAUCUAAACUAUUUGGUAUUAUAUGUAAACCUUUCAUUGAACUUGAUAAGACAGGAGAAGAAUUACAUCUGUUGAACCAGUUAUAUGGACUGUUUCAGAAGUUCAUUAGAUUUGACAACAGGUUUAAAGAUACAUUAUGGGCUGAUGUUGAUCUUGAAGCUGCUCAUAUUGAGGUUGAAGGAUACUGGGAUGAAUGUUUGGCUCUACCCAGUAAACUGAAGGAUAAAGAUGCAUAUAAUGAUCUGAAGACUUCUCUACAGACUUACUUAGAAGUAUUCCCUCUUCUCAAGGCACUUAAUUCUAAGGAAAUAAGAAAUCGACAUUGGUCCAGAGUUAUGUUUGUCACACACAGUUCAUUCCCAUUAGAAGCCAAUGUGUUCAAAUUAAAACAUCUUUUAGAGAUAGAAUUAAUCAAACAUAAAACAGAAAUAGAAGAAAUCUGUCAUGGUGCAGCCAGAGAGUUAGAAUUAGAGAUCAAAAUGAAAGUGACAGAGGAAGAAUGGACAGAACAAGUGUUAGCAUUUGAACAUUACAAGAAACGUGGACCCAUGUACCUAGACAAAGCCUUUACUGAGAGACUAUUAGAACAGUUAGAAGAUUCUCAGGCUUUACUGGCUAACAUGUUAACAUCUAAAUAUAUAGCUCCAUUGAGAACAGAAACAGCAUCUCUGGCAGUCAAACUAAAGGAAGUAGCUGAAGUGUUAGAAUUGUGGUUAGAAGUACAAGAUUUAUGGCAGUAUUUGGAAGCUGUCUUCACUAAUGUUGCUGCGGCUAGGGAACUGCCUCAAGAAGCUAAAAGAUUUACCAGAGUAGAUAAAACUUGGAUGAAACUGAUGAAAAAGGCAUUUGAUACAAGGAAUGUUCUUCAGUGUUGCCAUGGUGGAGGAGAAGGAUCUAAGGUCCUCCAUUAUAAGAUUAUCUAUGAUGAGUUAGAGAUCUGUUUUAAAUCACUGAUGGUAUAUCUAGACAACAAGAGGAGGGCUUUCCCUAGAUUUUACUUUGUCUCUGAUCCUAUUCUAUUGUCAAUCCUGAGUCGUCCAGCAGACAUGGAGUCAGUCAGACCACACCUAAGAUCACUGUUCAGUUCAAUAUCAGAUGUCAAAUUAGAAGAAGCCAACCCACCCGAGGAUGAGCUACCAACUGAUGAAAUAGGAUUUGGCAAAGGUGCUGAUGGACACAGGACCAAUACAAGCUCUCGAGCUGGUGGUAAAUCUAUGUUGUCUCCUAGUCUUAGGAGCACCACACCACCAAAGAUAGAUAAGAGACUUACAGAACAUUAUAGCAAGGAUGAAGUUUCUGCUCCAACCACCUCAGAAACUAAGAAGAGUAAGAAUAAGAAGUCAAGAAACAGCAAAGUUUAUAAUCUUGGAAGUUGUACGACUUCUAAGAAAAGUAUUUGGAAUGUCUCGAGUUUAAAUCCAAGUGUAAUGCAGCAUGGUCCAUCCUAUCUACCAUCAGAAGGUAUCAUAGAAGACAUUAUACUGUAUGAGGCUACAGCCAUAUCAAGUUCUGAGGGAGAAACUAUUGCACUGAAAGAUAAGGUGAAGCUAGCUGAUGGUGUAGAAGUAUGGCUUCUAGGACUAAGUGAAUCGAUGGCCAAGACUAUCAAAGAGAUGAACAACAGUAUAAUACAGGACUGUAAUCAAGGGGUGGUCAUGGAUGAAUGGGCAUCAAAGUAUCCAGCACAAGUAUGUAAGAUUGGAAUGCUGUAUUUCUGGACCAAAGAGUGUGAGAUUGGAAUUUCUGAAAUUAAGUAUGAUCGUAAAGCUCUACAUGGUGCCCUGAAACGAUACUCCAUCCAUACCUCUAAACUGACAUCAGUGCUGAUGAGAGGAGCCUGGAGGACCAUCGAGGAACCAAUGUUACCUGUACAUAAAUCUAGACUGGAGUGUAUGGUGGCUCAAUCCCUGUAUUUAAGAGAUGUUUUAGAGAAUAUGUGCAAUAGAAAGUUACGAGAAUCAACUGAUUUUGAAUGGAGGAGGAGUGUGAGGUGUUAUUAUCACCCUGUCGAAGAGGAGUAUGAACCAUUGAUCUGGAUUCUGGAUUCAUCCUAUCAUUACUGUAAUGAAUUCUAUGGUGCAGAACCUGGCGUGGCUCUCACGCCCGUCACAGAGAGAUGCUUCCUCACAAUGUCACAGGCCCUUAACAAUGUACAGGGAAGUCAUAUUGUUGGCCCUGGGGGUGUUGGAAAGACAGAAACUGUCAAGGGACUUGCCAACCUUUUUGGUAAAUUCCUGAUGUUAGUACAAUGUUCACCAGAGAGUGAUACCAGUGGUAUGGGAAAGAUUGUACAAGGAACUGCUAUGGAUGGAUGCUGGGCCUGUUUUGAUGAAUCCCAGAACCUGAAUAACUUGUCUAUGUCUAUUGUAUUGGAUUUCGUCACAUCUGUAUUGUCAGCCCUUAAAUCAAGACACAGUUAUGCUUCAUUAAGCAAUGGACAAGAGAUUAACCUGAAGAAAGGUUUAGCUCUACACAUGACGUCCAAUGCCAGUGUAAGACAUCCAUCAUGUAGAAUGCCAAACUAUGUGUCAGCCAUCUUUAGAACUGUAUCUCUAGUCAAACCAGAUUACUGUCUAGUGUUGAAGGCUAAAUGUGCUUCACAUGGAUUCAAAGUACCAAACAUACUGGGAGUUAGGCUAAAGACACUGUCAGAUCUUACUAUUAAUCAACUGCCCCCAGAUGUUCACCACCUGUUUGGUAUAGCUACAUGGGCUGGAGUACUGAAGAGAGCUGCUAUAAAGAAGAGACUGGUCAAGGAUGAUAAGUACCAAGACAGGAUUGAUGCUAGACGUGAAGAAACAUCACGAUCAGAGAGUCAAGCUUCCGAUAAUGUGACACAGAUUAAAGGAAACCCUAUGAACCAACAAAUGAGUGUUACAUUGGCACCAAGUGCAAUGAAAAUGGGAGGUGCAAUGACAGCCACCCAGAGAAAAAUGGGAACACCUAACCCUAUGACCUUAGCUGCUAAGAUAGAACAUUCAUUAGUAUGUCAGACCAUCAGGGAAGUUAUCUGCCCUAGAAUGACUGAUGAGAACAACAAAGUAUUUAAGAAUAUAUUAGAUGAUGUAUUCACUGGAUUACCAGAAGCCCCACAGUUAAAGAACACUCAUUCUGCUCGAUCUCGUGGAAUAGAUAUAGAACUAGCCCUAAAACACAAGGCUGUAGAUAAAGGGUUAUCUGCCCAUGAUCCCUGGAUUAGUAGAUGUAAACAACUAUACGAAAUAUCUCAAGUUUAUCAUGGAGUGAUUGUUGCUGGACCACCUGGUAGUGGUAAAACCAGCUGUAUACAGACCCUCGUAGAUGCCCUCAGUACACAGGUCAGAGGUGGACAGUCACGUCAGUCCCACAUCAGUCGUACAUCAAACCCAGCAGAAUCACAACAUAAAAUCAUCAGAAUUAACCCCAUGGUUGUAGAUGAGUACUCCAUUAUGUUUGGUUAUCUGAAGGACAACCAUGACUGGGUGGAUGGAAUAGUCACAUCAUCUUGUAGAAAAGCCAACAGGAAUCAAAGUACCACCUGGUUAUGUUUAGAUGGACCAUUAAAUCCUGGAUGGUCAGACAACUUUAACUCAGUACUAAGUGAAGAAAAGGUAAUUCAUCUGAAGAAUGGAGACAAGUUAUUUUUGUCAGAGAACAUUAUUGUUGUAUUUGAGACUGACAACCUGUCGUCUGCUUCACCAUCUACUAUAUCCAAAUCUGGAAUUGUAUAUCUAGGCAAUAAUGUUGUUGGUUGGAAGCCUAUAGCUGAUGCUUGGUUAGAGAGUAGAUCUCCACAAGAAAUACAUGUUCUACAAAGAGCUUUCCAGAAAACACUGGAUCCAAUUUCCCAGUUUGUGUUAAAUGAAGCCAAACCUUUAGUAAAGUUAUCACUUGUUGGACUUUUCAAAUCCUGCCUUGGACUACUAUCAGCCAUGUUAGCUGACAAUAGAGAGACAAGUGAAGACCACGUGGAAAGACUCUUUCUGUUCUGUCUCAUCUGGACUUUUGGUGGAUUACUGGACAGUCAUGAUAGGAAAAUCUUCAGUGAAAAACUCAAAAUGCUUUCUAAUACUUUACCAGAUGAUGACAGACAGAUCUGUGUAUUUGACUACUAUGUAGAUGAAUCGGGAGACUGGGACCCAUGGGCAUCCAAAGUCAGUGAAUCAGUCUACUCUGAUCAACAAGAUAUGCUUGGAGAAGUCUUUGUAGACUCCAUCAAUACAAUCAGGACAAAGAUAUUGAUAGAUUUUGCCUCAGCUUCAGGACUGAAUGUUUUACUAGUUGGUCCACAUGGAUCAGGAAAGACAACUCUUAUCAAUGACUUCAUGGAUCUGCAAGAAAAAGGGAAGCAACUGAUGUUGUUAAGCAAAAACAAUCCCCAGAUUUCUGUGUGUAAGAAGUUAGUAUUCUCCGGAGCUUCCAGUGCCAAACAGUUACAGAGCUUUAUAGAGUCCAAUAUCUACCACAGACAAGGAUUUGUAUAUGGUGCCAAAGAGAACAAGAAGUUGAAGGUGUUCAUUGAUGAUGUUAACCUGCCUUUACCAGACAACUACAAAGUACAGAAAUGUAAUGAGUUACUGAGACAACUUUUAGAUGACAAAACUCUAUGUACAUUGGAGAAGCCAUUUGAAUGGAAGACAGUUGAAGGAUUUAAUGUGAUUGGUGCCAUGUCAAUGAGUGACAACCCUGGUGUUUCAUGUACACAGUUAUCUGAAAGACUCCUGAGACAUUUUGCAGUAUUCCAUCUGACAGCCCCAGAAGGUGAUGCUCUAAAGAAUAUUGUUCAUGGUAUACUGGAUCUGAACAUGACAGAUGGAGAUCGCCCUGGAUUAGAUAUAGAUUUACACAACCAUCUAGUAAAGGCAUCAUGUGACAUGUUAAAGGCAGUCCAAGAUGUCCUCAAGUCUACAGCAAUGCCUGGUCGUAAACACUAUCUCUAUACACUCAAAGAUAUUACUACUUGUUUCCAGUGCUUAAAGAGACUACCAGAAGAAAGUCGAGCAGAUGAGACAUUGAUUCCAGUAAUAUCGUUAUGGAAACAUGAGAUGACAAGAAUUAUGAGAGACAGAAUAGCCAGAACAGCUGAUCUAAAUUGGUUUGAUCAGACCAUUAAUAAUAUUCUUGCUGAGACUUUCCCAGAAGUAAAAGGACCAUUUAUGGACCAUUUUGUGACCUUCCCAACAGAUGCCAGAAUGUACAAUAGACCUGUUACCUCAGUUACUGGUAAAAAUGUCAGAAUUUCCCUUCAACCUGUUGACAAUUUGAGGGACAUACACAGCUGCCUUAACACACACUUAACAAGAUAUAAUGAAGAAUUUGGAAAUAUACCAUUGAACAUUAUGUUGUCAGAUUUUAUAAUAGACCAUGUUGUUAGAAUGCAUAGAGUACUUAGUUUCCAUCAUGGUGGGAAUUUAUUGUUGAUUGGAGCAGUUGGUGCUCACCUUACUACUUUGUGUAGACUGGCCCUCCAUGUAGCUGACAUCCCUAUACACAAAAUGGACACUUCCAAAACAAGCAACUUCUUUGAUGGUUUAAGAUCAGCUGUAAGAUUGAGUGGAGCAGAGAACAAAAUACUCACAGUCAUUUUUACUGCACGAGAUUUGCAAGAUCCUGUUUACUUGGAUGCCAUCAAUAGUCUUCUGAUCAGUGGAGAAGUACCACAUCUAUUUACAAAUGAUGAAAUGGAAGGACUAUUACAGGCCAUAGCCCCAGCUAUGAAGAGAGAGUUCCCAAGUAUGUCUGUAGAUCCAAUGAAAUUCUUUGUUGCCAGAGUGAAAAGUAACCUACAUAUUAUACUGUGUCUACAACCUGGACAUAUACUCCUUGGAACAGCUCACAGAGAGUUCCCAGGACUUUUGAGUGGUUGUGCCAUAGAUUGGAUGUGUGACUGGCCACAAGAAUCAUUAUUAGGGGAGGCCUCAUACUUUAUUACUAGGUUCCAACUGACAGAAGAAUUUGAAAAUCUUAGUGAGAGUAUAACAACUUGUCUAGCUAACAUCCAUAGUUUUGUACUGAGAGAUUGUCGCCAGCUUCCAUGGGCUGGAGACUUAAGUCCUGAGAUCACCAUUAACAAGAUCAAAGUCCUGGAGAAAAAGAAAGAGCAAUUCAAAGUAGAGGCUGUUAAAGUUCCCAAUCUGCCUUACUCAAAGACCAUUCUUCAUGAAAGGAUCAAGAACCGUCACAGGAAGGAUGGUGACCGAGCUAAGAAUGAAGUUUAUGUAGGACCUACAACUUUCAGGAGAUUCAUGGAAUGUUUUAGAUGUUUGUAUAAUAACAAGUCAAAAGUUAGAACACAGGAUGUAGAACAACUCAAGAAAGUGUUGUCUACAUUAGACCAAACCAGAUCAGAUGCCAAAGUAAUGAGGAAAGCCAUUAAAACAAUUAGUGGGAAAUUUCAAGAUGCAACAAAGAAAACUGAGGAUUUACUGUAUAAACUUACAGUAAAAGCCACAGCCUUGGAGAAACUGAAAGCCAAAAUAGGACUAAGUAAAUCAUUAGAUGCUCACCUUCACCUUACAGAAAUGUAUGCUGAAUCAGAUGAAGAAGAUGAACUCUUGGAACAAGAGGAGUAUGAUGAAUAUGACAGAAAGUUUGAUAAAAUGAUGGAACUAAAGUUACAAGAUAGACAAGUUAAAGCUAAAGAAGACCAUGUGAAAGCUAAGAAAUCUGUAGAUGAAUGUAGACAGAACCUAGAGUAUGCUAAACAACAGGUACUACACUGGAAGACCAAAGUUGACCGUGGCUGUAUAGAAAGAAUUCGUCAGUUUACCAAUCCACCCCUGUUGGUUGGACAAGUGAUGGAAAUGGUUAUGAUGUUGGUUGGUAAGAGACUACCCUCUCAGAGAUUGUAUGAGCCUAAGGAAUCAACAGGAAAGGAUGAAAUGUCCAGUAGAAUGUCUUCCAGUUCAAGCAGUACCAAAAUGCUGGGGAUCAAAAAAGAUGGACAGAGAUCAGGUAAAAAAGAUGGAGGAUUUGACAGAGCUCAGUGGAAGAAUAUCCAGAUGACAAUGAAUGAUUCUCAGAAGUUUGUUGACAUGUUACACAAUGUACCAUGGGAAGAUGGUCUGAUGGACGAUGUCCUGCGAGCUGUUGAAAGUUACCUAUCUGCAAACAAGGAUGGAAACCUUGGUGUGACUGGGGAAGGAACAUUACUCGAUCAUGCUCAAGACGUUCAGUUUACUGCCAGGAAAAGGUCUCCUUCACCAGACAACACAAAAGGUAUAACAAUAGCUGCAGCCAAAUAUUCCAGUGAGGACUGUGCUACUCUGGUCCAGUAUACCAUAGCUAUUGUAGAGUUCUCAAGACUCUGUGGUCCACUGAAGGGAGCCUUGGAGAAUUUACACGGAUUAGAGAGAGAGAUAGAAGAAAAUGAGAGAUUACAGAAAGAAAAAGAAGAAGAGGAAUUAGGGCAGAAUCAAAGAGAGAUCUCCAAAAAGCUGAAACUUAGUAGGAAAAGAAAGCAGGGAGAUGAAGAAACCAAACGUGAAGCCACACCUGAACCUGAACAGGAAUACACAGCGGACGAUCUCUCCAAACUACAGGACGACGUCAAUAAUCUUCAACAACAGUUUGAUCAAUCUGUCACAGAAAAACAUAAUCUGGAAACAGAAUUAACAUCCAUGAACCAGAGACUGAAAGCUGCUACAGAUCUUAUAGACAGUUUGUAUGGCCAAGAACUAGAAUGGAGAAAAUUUGUAAAGGAGAAUGACAGCAAUGAUUUAUUGUUAGCCAACUGUAUCACUGCUGCUGCCUUCCUGGUAUAUUGUGGCUCUGCUAAUAUGGAUACAAGGAAAAGAAUGGGAGAGUUUUUCAUGCAAGUUUGCGAACAUCAUGGGAUGCCCAUGCCAAACAGGAAGUUGUUUAAAGAGCUGACUUUGGUGGAUUUCCUCUGUAAACAACUUGACCUAAUGGAACUGGAGAUAAAACAGUUGCCAACCACUCAAUUGAUGUUGGAGAAUGCUGCUUUCUUGAUGCAAGAAGACUAUGUGAAUGCCUGGCCAUUGAUCUGUGAUCCAACCAGUAGAGUGUUGGAUUGGUUGUAUCAGUAUAAAAGAGAUAAAGGACUGGUUGUUGUACGAUACAGUGAAAUAAGAUCUCAGUUUGAGAAUUGUUUAGCAGAUGGUAGUCCAUUAUUUAUAACAGACUGUGACCUUGCAGAAUUAGCCAAUGACAAGAGGUUUAUUGAUGCAUUACAGAAUUGUUCACAGUUCAUUCAUGGGAAAACUAGAUUUAAAAUUACUGUUGAGGACCAUGAGGUAGAGUGUGAUCCUAAGUUCAGAUUAUUCCUCCACACUACAGUAGAACCACACAAUGUACCACAGACACUAGCUGCCUACUGUACAGUAUUGUACUUCCAACAGAGUAGACAUUGUCUAGAGGUAGAACUCAUGGAAAGAUUUAAAGCCAAGAAGGAGAAAUCAAGGAGUGAAGAGGAAAGACAAGCUCUUAGAGUGGAGAAGAAAGAGAAUAUGAUAGAGAUGGAGAGGUUAGAGUUUCGUCUGAGGGAGAACUUGUCUAGUGAUGUCAGGUUGAUGAAUGAUUUACCAGCUACAAAGAAAAUGACAGAUCUAAAGAAGAUGUAUGAUGAAGCUGUUGACAGUCAAAGUAGAGUAGAAGAGAGACAAGGUGAACUAACUAAGAAUACUGAUACCAACAGGAAUGUGGCCGUCAGAGCUGCUGUGUGCUUUGAUGUAGCUCAGUACAUGAGAGAAGUCAAUGCAUUGUAUCAAAUAUCAUUCACUCAGUUCCUUACACUGUUUGAUUAUGCCAUAACACAGUCAGAACCGUCUCAAGACCAGGCUAUGAUUGAUAAAAUCACAUAUACCACACAUAACUUUGUAGCAAGAGGACUGAUGGAGAGAGACAGACAUCUCUUCUCACUUCUCUUAGCUAUUGAGGUUGAAGAUUCCUUAGGCAAUGUAGGAGUAGGAGAAAGAGAAUUCCUGAUCUCUCCUAACUAUGGAUCUGUUGUUAUGUCAGCCUUAGGAUAUACACAGCCUACUGAUAGUAAAAUUCUACAACAGAAAAAUACAUUUGCCUGGAUGCAUGAAGAACAGUUCCAUAAUCUACAGGUAUUAGCUACACACUUUGAAUGGUUCCAAGACAUGUUUGAUAAAAUGCCAAAGGAUGGUCGUGAAUCACCAUGGCGUAAUUUUGCUGACCCCCAAAUCACUGUGGCUGGAGAAACUCAGCCAUUACCAGACAAAUUUGAUGAACAUUGUAAGAACCUUCAAUGGUUGUGUGUGAUGAGAGCUGCUCGUAGUGAUCGACUCAUGCAGGCAUCCACACUGUUCAUCAACAGAGUACUUGGAAAGAAGAGUGCGUAUCUGAGAAAUAGGAGACCAACACUAAAUAAAUUCACCCAUUAUCUUUUCACGUAUUAUGGCGAUGUAGGAAUAGACUUCACUACAAUGCACAGACAGAGCUCACCUAGCACACCUGUUUUAUUGUUGUACCAGUUUGAAACAGAAAUGGCUUACAAAGUAUUUAUAGAUUAUGCCAACAAGAAACAGAACAAACCUGUGAUUAAAACACUGACAGAGAACACGGCUGCUACAGAAAAAGCAGUCAAGCGUAUCAUACUGAAAGGAAUGACGGAGGGAUCUUGGGUACUAUUGAACAAUGCUCACAAUGCUCCUAAUGUACUGAAGAGUUUAGAGACUGUAAUGACAGAGAAUCCUAAACCUGACCAUAACUUUAGAGUAUGGAUAACUUGUAGGAUUAAACCAGACUAUAUACCCACUAGAAUGUUACAGAAUUCUGUCAAAUGUGUCAUUGAUUCACCCAGGGUAAUGAAGGACAGUUUGAUAAGAUCAUUUAACUGUUUUGACUCUGACAUAUUGAAGCAGUCUUCACGACAGGAAUGGGCACCUAUGUUACACAACCUGUGUUAUGUCCAUGCUGCCAUACAACUCAGAGCCAGGUUUGGUAUGUCUGGAUGGAAUGGUCCCGAAGAUUUCUCCAAAAUUGGAUACACAGAAUUAAUGGAGUCCAUGUCUAUCCUGGUAUCUGAGUUUAAGGAUCCAUUAAGUUGUAUUGCACCAGAUGGAUCACAGAUGUCUAGACCAACGUCAUGGACAGGCCUUAGAUAUAUGAUGAGUGAGAUAAUAUAUGGAAGUCACAUUACUGACUCCUAUGACCAACAAGCUGUUAGUGCCUUAGUAGAUUAUUGGUUAUCACCUAAUGCUGUUAAAAAAGAUUUUGAAGAAAGGAGAUUAAAAUACAAGCACCCUGCAGCAUUUUUCAACCCAAAUGUUAGGUUGAACACAUUGAUACAAGCACUGGAGUAUAAUAUAAGUCCCCACACACUUGAUGUCCCAGAAGGCUGUCAUAUUCAUCCUAGUGUUGAGAUACCUAAUAAGGCAAAAGAAUUUCAGACGUUACUUGGAGAUGACCAGUAUGUAUUCACUAGACUGAACAAAGUAUUUGAUGCCAUGCCAUCCAACAAAAGUUUACAACACAAGAUGUUUCCUAGACCGCCUACACCCUUUGAUGGUCCAGCAUUAGCAGGUAUUAGUAAGUAUAGUAACAAUCCCUGUGUUGUCAACAUGGGUGUCUUCUCCACGGCAAGCUUCUCACUUCUCAAACUUAGGAAGGAUGUGGAAUUAUGGGAAAUAUGUACCAGCCUACUACAGAAAGUACCAAAGAUUCUUACAAAGGAUUUUGUUACUGAGAGGAUUAAGAAAGCAAGUGAGACAGUUCGUCUUGGUGAACCAACCAAAGUACCAGAAUUUCCCAACAUUAAUACAUUUAUCAUGAAGGAGAUAGAAAUCAUGUCAGCACUUGGACUAGAAAUAAGGAAUACUCUCACUGCUAUUAAGAAUGCCUGUGAGACUGAGAGUUUUGGUGACAAUCUGUCAGAACAUAUUGUAUCAGCUGCUGAUGACCUUUAUCACAUGAGAAUCCCCAAGACAUGGUGUCAAAUGGCAGGAAGUGCUGCACCACCCCUUACCAUGUCUGUAGCUGCUUGGCUCAGUGGAGACAGGGAUAGAGAUGGACUGUUAGCCAGAAGUAUGGCUCUGGAGAAAUUGAUAGGACUGCCAAGAUCUAAGGUUCCAGUCUGGACCCUAGGUCAGUUCUUCAGACCUCAGGCCCUGAUAGCUAUACUGAAGCAGGAUUACAUCAGAAACCAUUGUGGUGAUAGAUCUGGAUACUUUGACCAGAUUGUUGUCAACUCUGAUAUCACCCCCAGAGAUGUUGGACAUAUACGUGAGCCUCCUGUAGAGGGUAUGUACGUCUAUGGUAUACAUUUGUGGGGCUGUGCCUGGGACAAAACAGUUUUAGAACUAAUGGAUUCACCACCCAAACAAGCAUGUGUGGCACUCCCCGUGGUGCACCUCACAUGUUGUCAGAUCACAGACAAAGCCAAUCAACAAGACCCGUCUAAGGCAGCAGAGAUCUACUCCUGUCCUGUGUAUGCCUCUAGAAUUUCUGCUAGAGAACCAAUAUUUGAAAUGGAGGUCAAGAAAGAAGGAAUUUCAUCAUACAGAUGGGCACUUCGUGGACUGUCGGCUACAAUCAGAAAUUAUUAAUUAUAUACCACCGUUGAAAUAUUAAAUGAGAUUGCAGACAUUUGUAUCAAUUAUUGAACUGUUUUAAUUAAUGAUUUUUUUUACUACACCUUUUUGCUGUGAAGCAUUAGGGAUUUUAGGUACCAGUAGAUGAAAUUUGAAAACUAUCUUGUAGUAAUUCUGAUUUUAAAAUGUCACAUUAAAUUACACACAGAAUGAAUUUAUUUUUAUUCACAAGCAAUGUUAAUUGAUAAUAUUUUAUGUAUAGAUAAAACCAUCCAUUUAUUCAGCUCUAACAUGCUGAAAGCUACCAUGCAGCUGAAAAAAUAUGCAAUAUUGAAGAACUAUAUUAACCCAGCACAAUUGACUUAGAAAGAAAAGAAAAUGGUUGCAGUGCUAGAUUAUUUCUUACCAAUAGGUGGUAAUAUUUAUUUAGGUAAACCAGGACUCUUAUUUAUUUUUAUACCAUUUUAUAUUGUACAUGUAUAUGUAUUAGCCUUAUUGAACAUUCCGUCCAUUGUCUUAUGGAAAUGUGAUAGAUUGGUUUUAUUUUUUUCUUCAGUAUUGAUAAAAAUGUGAAAUAUUUAGUUCUAUUUAUUGAUUGCUAUUUGUUGGUUUAUAUACAUAUUUUUAUGACAAUGUUGGAAGUUGUUCUAUGUCAGUUACCGUCCAAUUUUAAGUGUCAAGGAACUGCUGCUGAGAUAUUUACAUGUUUAAUGAUUUAUUUAAUAAAUUGUUUUUGUUUUAA